UACUCUUUUCGAGCAAUUCAAGCCAUACAAAUGCUACGAAACUUCAAUCAAAUUUUGAGAUUUUUGAAAAUUUUUCGAUAUUAAAUGAAUAAUAAUUAAUAUUUUCGUGUUUACAAAUGCCAUCAUUAUCCUUCAUGUUCCUUGCGAUCUUUCUGAACGUGUAGUGUUUGAUUAUAUUUUCGUUAUUUCGUUAAAUGUCGCUGUAUUUGUGUGUGUGUAAUUGUAUGGAAGCAGUAUCUUAAACUAAACUUGUGUAAAGCGAAUAUAUUGUAGAUAUUGGAAUUGGAAGUCAAAUCGGUUUAAUAUUGGUACGAAGAAAAAAAAAACGACAGUAGUUUAAAGAAAGUUUUUGUUGAACUAUCCGAAAUGUAUAACAGUCCCUGUAUAAGUGUUUACGCUAGAUGUAAUUUCUAAAUUAAGACACUCUCAUAAACACGCACAGUUACUUUCAUCCAAAUACAUUUCCCUACGCAAUUCGAAACUUUUAACCAAAUAAAUCAAAUACAAAAACAAAAAACAAAAUAUAAAAAAUUCACAGAGCAAUAAAGUGCAAACCAUUUGUGUUAUUAUUCAAACAAGCUGCUGACGGAAUUAACACCCCAACUAGUACAACAACAACAACGUGCCCGAAAACAGCAAAGCCUACACCGAUGGCAGCGGCACAAGAGGAAGCACAACGUUACAUCAACGUUGCAUUGCGUGAAAUCAACAACGGCAACUAUGAUAAUGCCAUUAAACUGCUUAAGAAGGCCAAAGAGCUCUAUCCCGACUCGCAAGCCGACGAGCUGCAAGAUCUGCUAACCAAAUUAAAAGCGCAUUCGGCAACGCAACAGCAAAGCAGCGAAGGUGCUAGCACUUCGGGGUGUGACUCAGCAGCCAAUGCCACAUACGGCGGUGAUUCGCCUACACCCUUGCGUCGACGUCGUCAAAAUUCCCACAACAACAACAAUGCCGAUGCAAGUGUGCCACAUGGUUAUACCAGAGACCAACUCGAUUUGGUACAGCGCAUAAAUAAAUGCAAGAAUUUCUAUCAGGUUUUGAAUGUCUCACGUGACGCCACAGAUACGGUUAUUAAACGCGCCUACAAGCGACUCGCAUUGCAACUGCAUCCGGACAAAAAUCAGGCGCCCGGCGCUGCCGAAGCUUUCAAAUUGCUGGCCAAUGCAGUGGCAGUGCUCACGGAUGAGCGACGUCGCAAGGAGUACGACGCAUCCGGUGCGAAUACGUUGACGGCACACGGCAGUAGCGCCACGAAUUUGGCUGCCAAUCAUCAGCAUGAACACUACAAUGGCGCUUAUUUCCAAAAUGCUUUCAGUUUUGAGUCGGCUUUCAGAGAUGACAUGUCCGCCGAGGAGCUUUUCAAUAUAUUCUUUGGCAAUUUCACGACCCAUGCACGUCCAACACAACGACCGCCCUAUCAGCCGGCAAAUCAACGUCAACCCCAGGAGCGUAAUCAACAGCCAAGCUUGGCUUUUGGUUUGAUUUUGGUGUUGAUUUUGAUUUCGAUGUUUUCAUCAUUCCUUACAUCUGAUCCCCUCUACAGUUUGGUGCAGUCGAGCAAAUAUCCCGUGCAACGUGAGACGCAACACCUCUCCGUGCCAUAUUAUGUAAAGUCAAGCUUCGGCGGCGAUUAUCAGGGCUCAUUGGGACGUUUAGAGAAUUCCGUUGAGGAGGAUUUCAUCUAUACGAUGAAGCAAAACUGUUAUCGCGAACGCAGCUACCGUGAAGGCAUGAUGUCACGUGCACGCACCUACGGCAGCAGCAUGAAGUUCGCACAGGCGCAGGCAUUGAAAAUGCCAUCAUGCGAGAAGCUAUCGAAAAUUGGCAUAACACGCUAUUCGCUUUACUAAGUGUGUAUGCUGGUUGAUGACGCCGGCGAAUGUAUGGAACUGUAUUGUCGAAUCGAAUUGGAAAUGAAAACGUGCGGCAUUCGUGCAUAAUUACUCGAAUUAGAAUUAUUGGGAGUUGUUGAUAUUACGCUAUUAAUGCAUCGUAUGUGCUCAUAAAAAUUGUUGUGAAUUGGUAAUCAUAAAAUAUCAAACAAACACGUACAUUCAUGUAUUUCAAUUUAAUUACACAAAUAAAUAUAUAAAUGAAAGCAAAUAA